AUGCAGACAGAAAGUGAAGAGCCAUCAUAAUUGAUCAUUAACAGAAUAAUAUUGGAUAAUUUUAAAAGUUAUUAUGGACAUUUAGAGAUUGGUCCAUUUCAUCAUUAAUUUACAAGCAUUGUUGGGCCAAAUGGUUCAGGAAAGUCAAACUUAAUUGAAUCAUUACUCUUUGUCUUUGGUAAAAAGGCUUCAUGGAUGCGUCUAUAGAAAAUUCAUUAAUUAAUUCACAAUUCUGCUGACCAUAGAGAUGUAAAGAAAGCCUCUGUUGAAGUUUAAUUUAUUGAAUAAAGCGGGAAUAAUAGAAACUAUUUUAGUGUAAAGCGUACAGUUCAUCAUACUGGAUAAUCAAAUUAUGAUAUAAAUAAUAAACACGCUACUUUGGAAGAAGUCACUACUUUAUUAAAAUCUAAAGGAAUAGAUCUUACAAAUAAUAGAUUUCUAAUUUUAUAAGGAGAGGUAGAAUAAAUUUCAUUGAUGAAACCAAAAUCAGGUGAUCCAGAAAAGCCAGGAUUGCUUGAAUAUUUAGAAGAUAUAAUAGGAAGUAAUUAAUAUCAGGAAUAGAUUGAUAAGAUGACUGAAGAAUAUUUAUAAUUAGAUGUUUAAAGAAGAGAGAAAGGAGAAAUGAUGAGAGUGGUUGAAAUGGAUCUUGAAAAAUUAGAACCAGGUAAAGAUAAGGCUGUAGAACUAGUUAGAAAUGAAAUAAAGAAUUCAUAAUUGUAAAAUGUUUAAUAAUAAAUUGCUAAUUAUAAAGUGUAAACUUAAAUUACUAAAUGUAAAGAGAAUCUUACUUAAAUUGAAGAGAAUUAAAAAAUUACAGCUUAAGAAUCUAAGGAUAAAGUAAAAGAUCAUGCUGAUACUAUGAAAUUAAUGAAAAUAGCAUCUGAUAAAUUUUAAAAGGCCAAAUAAAAGAGAUAAUAAAUAAAAGUUUAAUUAGAAGAAUUAUAAACAAAAGAUACUCAAAAUAGAGAUGAAGUAAAUAAUUUGACUUCAUAAUAAUAAAGAUUUUAAAAGAAAUUAGAUGAACUUAUAUAAGAAAGGAAUAAAUGUAUUGAUGAAGUUGAAGAUUUAAAGAAAGAAAUACCAGCAUAAGAAAAGUCUAUAAAGACUUUGAAAUAAGAGAAAGAAGAAUUAGAAGAGAUUGUUUAGAAAAUGAAUUAAUAACAUUAAUAGGAAGUAAGAAAGUUAGUUGAAAAGAAAUCAAAUUUAUAAAAUAUAAUAUCUGAACCAUAAUUAUAAAGAAAUUAAUAUGCAAAAGAUUUAGAUAUAACUAAAAAUAAAUUGAAUUAAUUAAAAUUACCUGAAACAGAUGGAGGGAAAGGAAUAUAAAAUAGUAUAAGUGAAUGCAAUAAUAAUAUAAAUUAACUUUAAGAAAUAGUAAAAACAUUAAAUUAAACAAUUGAUGAAAUAAAAAAUAGAGAGAAAUUAUAAAUUGAGAAAUAGAAUCAAUUAAAAAAGGAAUUAAAAUUGAAUGAAGAUUAAUUAUAAGAAGUUCAAUAAUAAAUAGAUGGAUUUUCAAUUUAAUAAAAUUAAUAUAAUGAAUAGAAUGCAACUAUUAGAGCAAUUAUGGCAGCAGCAUAAUAAGGUUAAUUAAAAGGAGUUAUUGGUAGGAUUGGUGAUUUAGCUUAUAUUGAUCCAAAAUAUGAUAUUGCCAUAUCUACAGCAUGUGGAAAAGGGUUUGAUUCAAUAUUAGUAGAAAAUUAAUAAUCUGCAGAAGCAUGUGUUAAUUUCUUAAAAUCAAAUAGAAUUGGUAGAUAUACUUUUGUGUCUUUGGAUGUUGUAAAUAAAAUGAUAACUCAAGACAUGAUGUAAAAGAGAGGACAAAAUCCUUCUUAGACUGAAAGAUUAUUUGAUUUGAUUUAAGUUAAAAAAUCUGAGUAUUAGGCUGUUAUAUUUAAAAUUGUGGGUUAAACUUUAGUUUGUGAUAAUAUUGAUUUAGCAAGAAAAUUAAAAUUUGAAUAAAGGAAUCCAAAUAGAUUUGUAACACUUGAUGGAAAAUUAAUAGAAGCUAAUGGUGUUAUGAGUGGAGGUGGAUAAUAAAGAAGAGGUGCUUUAAGUAGUAAUAAUGCAAAAUAAGAUUUAAAUGCUAAUAAAAAUAAUUAAAAUUAAUUAGAAGCAAUGUUAAAAUAAUUUUAAUAAAAUAGAUAAUAAAUUGAAUAACAAUUAAUAAAAGUUGAUCAUGAAUUAUAAACAUUAAUAAAGGAUGGUAAAAUAAUUUAAGAGAAAUUAAUAUCAGCUACAUAAGAUUUAAAGAAUUAAUAGGAUUUGAAAUAAGAUUUAUAAUAGAAAUUAGAAAAAGUGAAAAAUUUGGAAUAAGAAAAGGCAGAAGUUGAAAAAUAAAGAAAAGAAUAUGAAAAAUAAAUUAUAAAUCAUUAAGCUAAUAUUGAUACUAUUGAUAAAAAGAUAUCUAAAGAAAAGAAAUAAUUAGAAUAAAUUGAAUAAGAGAUAUCUGAAUCUGAAAAUAAGGAAUUAAAAUAAAAUAAGGAAAAAUUAUAAUAAUUAACUAAUAAAUUUGAUAAAGAUGAUGCAGAAUUCAAAAAAAUGUAAACUAGAUUAGUUUUUCUUGAUAAAAAAUAAAAAACAUUAGAUAAAGAUGAAAUUAAGAUAAAAGAUGAUUUAGAAAAAAUUCAAUCUAAAAUUGAAUAAGUAAAUUAAGAAUUUAAAAAAGCUGAAGUUUAAAUGAUUGAAAAUCUUGCCUUAUUAAAAAUUGCAAAAGAAGCAGAAGAAAAUGCAGAUAAAGAAUAUAAAGAAACUUAAGCUAAAGAUAAAGAAUUUGAUGAAUUAAUUUCAAGAUUGAAAGAGAAAACUAAUAAAUUAAAAUAAGAAAAGGAAGAAUGUAUGUCACUAUUAAAGAAAGCAUAAGAUGAAUUGAGUGAAGGAUUAACAAAAUUAGAAUAAAUUAGAUUAAAUUAUAAAGAAAUGUAAAAUGAUUAUGAAUUUUUGAAUGAAUUAGAAGAGAUAGCUAAUUGGAAAUUAUAAGAUUAAUAACAUUAAUAAUAAUACCCUUUAACAACUGCUAAUUAAAAUUAAUCUAUGUUAAAUAUUAGUGUAAUAUAUUAUUUAUAUUAUAGUUUAUUGAUUAAGGAGAUGAAUCAUUUGAUGAUGGUAGAAAAAGAGGAGCAACAUUAGCAAUUGAUUUAAAAGCAAUUCUAGAAAUAUCAGUUACAUAAGAACUUACAGAAGAAUAAACAAUUUAAUUUUGUCCUAUUGAAAAAGAAAUAGGAAGAGUUCAUGCACAUAUUUAAGCUUAAAUAAGAGAAAUAACAAAAGAUGCUAAUAUUAAAGAUAUUUAAGAAUUUAAAAUAAAAUAUUUAGAAUAUAAAGCAAAAAAGAGCGAUUUUGAUUAAACAAAAUAACAACUAUAAUAAUAAAAAUAAAAGAUUGAUCAAUUAAAAAAGGAAAGAUAUGAUUUAUUUAUGCAUGGAUUUAAUGUAAUAGGAUCAAAAUUGAGAGAAACAUAUUAAACAUUGACUAAUGGAGGAGAUGCUGAAUUAGAAUUAGUAGAUACAAUGGAUCCAUUUAGUGAAGGAAUAAGUUUUAGUGUUAGACCUAAAAAUAAAUCUUGGAAACAAAUGUCUAAAUUAUCUGGAGGAGAAAAGACACUCUCCUCAUUAUCAUUAAUAUUUGCAUUGCAUUAUUAUAAACCUACUCCUUUAUAUUUCUUUGAUGAAGUUGAUGCAGCAUUAGAUUAUAAGAAUGUAUCUAUUGUUGCAAACUUUAUUAAAGAAAGAACCAAAAAUGCUUAAUUUAUUGUGAUCAGUUUACGUAACAAUAUGUUUGAAUUAGCUAAUAAAUUGGUAUCUAUAUUAAUAUUAAUAGUAAAGAUUGGUAUUUAUAAGACAUUUGAUACAACAAAGACAGUUUAAAUAUAACCAGAAUUGGUGCAGAUGAAAAUAAACUCUUCUAUAGAAAACAAUGAAAACAUUAAUUAAAAUAGAUGA